CACCUCCCUUGCACGGCAUACAUCCUUCCACGUCUGCCACACAUUGCUGUUCUACAAGAUGGUACGGUCAAGCUUGUCAGAAAUUCUCACGGCAGCAUCAUUGGACUUGGCUCCCUACGAGGACCUUUACAAGUAUUUCCAUGCGCAUCCUGAGCUUUCCCGGCAAGAAAAAUCUACAUCGGAAAAGCUCGCGGCACAUCUGGCCCAGCUGAAAGUCUAUGAGCUUCAUACCAAUAUCGGAGGCUACGGCCUAGCGGGUGUGUUUCGAAAUGGCGAGGGCAAGACUGUGCUCCUGAGAGCGGACAUGGAUGCACUUCCCGUCAAGGAGAUGACUGGGCUCCCCUAUGCAAGCACCCUCACCAUGCGCGAUACUGAAGGGAAUGAAAAGCCAGUGAUGCAUGCUUGUGGUCAUGACAUGCAUAUUACAUGUCUCCUAGCAGCAGCAGAGACGCUUGUAAAGAUGCGGGACGCAUGGAGCGGGACUUUGAUUGUGCUGUUCCAACCAGACGAAGAGCGAGGUGGAGGCGCGCAGGCUAUGGUUGACGAUGGACUCUAUUCCAAGGUUCCAAUUCCUGAUUAUGUCCUUGGUCAGCACGUCAUGAGAAUGCGGGCAGGAAGCGUUGGUUCGCGCCCUGGAGCUAUCAUGGCUGCUGCCGACAGCAUGAAGAUCACAGUCUAUGGGCGUGGUGGUCAUGGAUCUCAGCCUCAUCAGACAGUGGAUCCAGUGCUUCUUGCUGCACAUAUUGUCAUUCGACUACAAGGUAUUGUGAGCAGAGAGAUCAACCCAAGCGACCUGGCUGUCUUGACCGUCGGAAGUCUCCAGGCUGGGCAGACAGAGAACAUCAUUACCGACAGGGCCGAGAUCGGCGUUGACUUUCGGUCUGUUAAAUUGGAGAUUCGGGAACAAAUUAUCUCUGCGAUUCAGCGUAUCGUCGAGGCCGAGUGUGCGGCGAGUGGUUCGCCUAAGCCUCCUGUGUUUACCCCGACGAGACGCUUCCCACCUACCGUGAACGACAACGAUGCUGCAUCUCAAGUUGCCGCAACAUUUGCGACUCACUUUGACAACUUCGAUGACGACGUACCGCGAACUAAUAUUAGCGAAGAUUUCUCUACGCUGGCAACCUGCCGAGGGAUCCCUAGCUGUUUCUGGCUCCUAGGAGGCAUUGAUCCUGAACUUUGGGAUCAGGCACAGGCAGAUUCUCGCACAGAAGAGAUCCCAGGAAACCACUCGGCGCUUUUCGCGCCCGUUAUUCAGCCAACAAUGAGAGUUGGAAUGGAUGCGUUGUGCCUUGCUGCCCUGACUUUCUUGAAAAAUUGAUUGCAUGUCUUAUAGCCCUAGAUUUCUUAAUACGAGGUAAAUCAGGAUAGUAAUACAACACCAUGGUUAAUUUAUUGGCAAA